GUAUAUUUAAGGCUGAGUUAGAUAGAUUCUUGAUCAGUAGCAGGAUUGAGGAGAAAAUGCAGGAAAGUGGAUUUGAGGAAUGUUGGAUCAGCCCUGAUCCCCUUGAAGGGCCGAACAGCCUGUUGCUGUUCCUUGUGGUCUUAAUACAUGUACAGAAAGAGAUCAAGUUAGCACCGGGAGGAAACAAUGCUGGCCACACUGUCGUAGUCGAUUCAGUUGAAUAUGACUUUCACCUUUUACCCAGUGGAAUCAUCAAUCCCAAUGUAAUUGCCUUCAUUGGUAAUGGAGUGGUCAUUCAUCUACCAGGUCUCUUUGAAGAAGCCGCAAAAAAUGAGAAGAAGGGAAAUGGUCUUCAAGAUUGGGAGAAUAGACUGAUCAUUUCAGACAGAGCUCAUAUUGUGUUUGAUUUCCACCAAGCUGCUGAUGGUGCUCAGGAGCAACAGAGGCAACAACAAGCAGGAAAAAACUUGGGCACCACAAAGAAGGGGAUCGGACCAGUGUAUUCUUCAAAAGCAUCUCGAAGUGGGCUUAGGAUAUGUGAUCUUCUGACUGAUUUUGAUUCCUUUUCAGAAAGGUUUAAAGUCUUGGCAAAUCAGCAUAUGUCAAUGUAUCCUAAUCUGGAAGUUGAUGUGGAAGGAGAACUGGAAAAGCUUCGGGGAUAUGUGGAGAGAAUCAAGCCUAUGGUAAGAGAUGGAGUCUACUUCAUGUACAAAGCUUUACAUGGUCCAGAAAAGAAGAUCCUAGUUGAAGGAGCCAAUGCAGCAUUGUUGGACAUUGAUUUUGGUACAUAUCCUUUUGUGACUUCAUCAAAUUGCACAGUGGGUGGUGUGUGCACAGGUCUGGGAAUCCCUCCUCAGAAUGUAGGAGAAGUAUACGGAGUGGUGAAAGCCUAUACAACAAGGGUUGGAAUUGGUGCCUUUCCGACGGAGCAAGAUAACGAUAUCGGUGAAUUACUGCAGUCUCGAGGAUCAGAAGUAGGGGUCACCACAGGUCGACAGAGGAGGUGUGGCUGGCUGGAUCUAGUCUUGCUGAAGUAUGCUCACAUGAUCAAUGGAUUUACUGCUUUAGCACUAACCAAAUUGGACAUCCUGGAUGUAUUUGCAGAGAUUAAAGUCGGAGUGGCCUACAAGGUUGAUGAUAAAAUAAUACCUCAUUUUCCGGCUAACCAAGAGGUUCUGAACAAGGUAGAAGUUCAAUAUGUGUCUCUACCUGGCUGGAACACCAGCACAGCAAAAUCAAGAACAUUUGAAGAUCUGCCAGCAAAUGCACAGAACUAUGUGAGGUUCAUCGAAGGACAUCUUGGUGUGCCAGAACCCAAAACAAAGAUCAUUGUGAUUCUGUAUCAGUUCAGAUUUUACUGAUGUAUCUACACAGCAACAGAACUUGGAUUAGAAAAUGUGAGACAACCAGCAAAACUGUGUGUAAUUAUAGUGAUCUCCCUCCCUGUGUUGGAGUGGCGAUCGCUAAAUUGUCAGCGUUUAGAGGAGAGAAUCCUGACACUUUUGUGAUAUAUAUUAAUUCUGUAACUGACAUACUUCAGUGACCUGUGGCAAAACCAACAUUUACUGGAGGCACAAGGGUCACUUCUAGCCCAUUCUUAUUCUUUCCCUUUUGUUAUUGGGUAAUGACGUAUUUUGGAUGAUUGGCUU